AUGAGUCUGUACUCUAAAUCUACCGUUGCACAAUUGAAGGAACUUCUAACGCAGAGAAGCUUGCCCUUAGAUGGUUUGAAGCAAGAUUUAAUUUCUAGAUUAGAAGAAAAUGAUAAGACUAAUAUCGAUGCCACCGCUGAACCAGUGGCAGCUACCCCAGUAGUUGAGACUGUCGCCGCUGCUGCUGUUACUGCCCCUGUUAUUGAUGUUGCUGCUGUUGCUGCUGUCCCUGUCUCAGAUCUUAUCGAAUCCACUACUGAGACAGUUACUACUAACACUACCACUGAUAAUGCUGAUGAACCUGUAGUAGAAACCGUCACUAAAGAAACUGUCGUUGAGGCUGUUACUCCAUCACCACAACCUGAACUAACUAAAGAAGAAAUUACUAAGUUAGCAUUAGAACAUUUAGGUAAAAAAGUUCAUAGAGCUAAAAAAUUCGGAUUAGAACAAACUGAAAUUGAUACUCUUGAAAAAUCAAUUGCACGUAUUGAAAAAUUCGGUGUUGAUAUGCAAUCUCCUUUGGCUAUAGAACUAGGUUUAGUUAAAAAACCUGUAAAUAAUCAAAAUCGUCAACAUAAUAAGAACAAUACAAAGAAAAAUAAGCAUAACAACAACAGAGGCAGAGUUACCAAAGGUAACAACAACAACAGAAAUAGGCCAAGAUACUGA